ACAUACCGUAAUUGCUGUAUCAUGGUGCGUGACACUGAAAUAUUACAGAAGAUGAAAAUAAAUUAGGACGAAGACAGUAGGCUAUACAAUGAAGUACAUGCAUUGCGCACGCCCCAAGCUGAACGGUGCAUUGCACGGAGCAAUUUGGUCAACUCGUGUGUGACUGGCAUUGCUCUAAAGUUGUGUUAUUGCAGCCUAUAUAGCACUCAUAUUAACUAGGGAUGUGGCCUAUUUCUCCGCACAGAAUAGAUGCUAAGAAGGACAGCUUCAGUGCACAUAACUCCAGCAACAACACAACACAUUGAUCCCAACAUUUCCACAACGAUAACGAAUAGCAGCUGCCAGGCAGUGUAUGUUUUCAAAUUCUACUGUGACAGUGUAUAUACAAUGACUACCUCUUUGUUGCACCGACGACCAAGGCAUUCAUUCGGAUCCAUCAUGAUUGACGACUUUGAGAACAAGGACGCACGGUCAAGUGGGGAACUGUGGUCCGAAAUAUGCUCCAGUCUGCCCAAGCCACAAGAAGAAGGCCAGGAUGGGAAAGCAGAGUUCACAGAUUCCUUCCAACCAGCGCCACCGAGCAACACUCAGUUGAAUGGAGCCUCUUCGAAUCCUGCUGUCCCCACCGGUCCAUGGGAACCUAUGGCUGAUUCUGAAAUGUACCUAGCAAGUUUAGAAAAUCGCUUGAAAAGAAUUAAGGGCCAAAAAAGUGAAGUCACCUCGAGGGAGAUGCUGAAGUCGCUCUCUCAAGCCAAAAAGGAGUGCUGGGACAGAUUCCUCCACGACGCCCAAACCUCUGAGCUGUUUCAGAAUGGAGGGGAUAUGGAUGAAAGUGCUUUGGAGCACUUCAAGCGCUGGCUGAUCCCUGAGAAGGUGGCCAUCAGUGCGGAGGAGCUGGAGUACCUGCUGAGGCCGUCCUCGUCCCAGGCCAGUGCCCAGCCCAGCGGGGGAGACCCUGCUCACAGCGGGGCCGAGGAGGAGGACAAUGAAGAGGAGGAAGAGUCAGGCCAACACGCAGAGGACGACAACCCAAGUCCAGAGAAAUAGGGAAGCAGGAGACUAUAUAUUAUUGGUGUGUGUUUGUCUGAGGGGAAAUAGCAGCAGUCAUUCCAGCUGAUUAAUUUGCUGGGUGUCACCAUGCCCUAGCUGGGGAGGUAUUCCGAGAACAUGGUUAAGUGAUGAACCAGGCUAAGUUAACUACAGGAAGUGGUAAACUCAAUGAUAGGUAGCCUUUAGACAACAUUUAGUUCAUAAAAUGAGGACUCUAGGCUCUUCUAUUAAGUGAUUUGCCACUACCUCAAGGUGAACCUAACCUGGUUAAUUGAACCAGCUUUUGUGGAAUGCCCUCCAGUUUUCAAGUGAUGACCAUGUCGAGGCACUAUGGAGACAUCUAAAAUGCUGACAUGCUUCUGUCAUAGCGCUCCAUCAAAAGUGUUCUGCAGUUCUGCCAGCAAAUAGUGAUUUAAAAAGAUAGAAGCCAUCAUCAGGACCUAAUGCUGCUGCAAAGUUAUCAUCAUAUGAAGAAUUAUGUGCAGCCUGUUUACGGCCGUUAUGUGUGUGGCAGGUUUGAAUUAUGUACAAAUGCCUUUUUUUAUCCUGAGAGUUGAUGCAAUUAUGCGUUAUUCCUUUAAAUGUAUUGUCAUGUAUUUGAAUUGUAUUGUGUAUGCGGUUAACUUGUAAUUGUAGGCCUAAGUCACAGUGAGUAUGAUGCAACAGCAUUGACUGAGUCGGAAUUGUCUCAAACUUUUAUUUUAUAUUUCCAUAUUAAAAAAUACAAUGAAGACUAAACAUAA